CCAUGGUGAGGGAGUAAACAGACCAUAACAGUCUGAGCUCACAGAUCUGCAGCAGCAGCAGCACAGAGGCAGAUAUUCCCGGUUAUGGCGGACGGCGGCGACAUGGAGCUCCUGGCAGCGUUCAGGAAGUUUGCGGUCCACGGAGACACGAAGGCCUCGGGGAAGGAGCUGAACGGCAAAAAUUGGGCCAAACUGUGCAAGGAUUGCAAGAUCACCGACGGCAAGAACGUCUCCAGCACCGAUGUGGACAUCGUCUUCUCCAAAGUCAAGCAGAAGACUUCGCGGGUCAUCACCUACGAGGAGUUUCAGACGGCUCUGCAGGAGUUAGCCCCCAAGAGGUUCAAAGGCCAAAGCAAGGAGGAGGCGCUGGAGUCCAUCCACAAACUGGUGGAGGGCCGGGAGCCCAGCAACGCAGGGGUGACGAAAGUGGCGAAGGCGGCGGCGUUGGACCGGCUGACGGAUGCGUCCCGGUACACUGGAUCCCAUAAGGAACGUUUUGACGGCAGUGGGCGGGGCAAAGGCCGCGAGGGCCGCGAGGAGCUGGUGGAUAACACGGGCUAUGUGGGCGCCUACAAGAACGCCGGCACCUACGACCAAAAGAAAUAACAGCAGUUAGUCUGGACCAAAUCUUGAACUCUGUCGUGUGUGUGUGUGUGUGUGUGUGUGUGUGUGUGUGUGUGUGUGUGUGUGUGUGUGUGCGCGUGGGUGUGUGUGUGGGUGUGCGUGCGUGCGUGUGCGUGUGUGCUGCAGCUUCAUUCAGACUGAAUCCUGCUUCACGUCAGCUGCUCAGCUCAGAGGCUGAGGUCCCACACUGGGAAAUAACUGCAUCCCAGCAGCUGGGUUUUACAAAUAUCAAAAGAUAUCAAAAAUAAAAAGAUAAUAAAAGUAAAAAAGAACAUUAACAGCAAAUAUUUACACAAUAGAGAAUACUAGAGUAUGUAAUCAUACACAAUAUAGAAAAACUGACGACAUUUGAAUACUUUUUAAUGUACAAACUCACUAGGGCCCCAUUCCAAAUCCCCUCCUACACCCCACCCCUACACACCCGCCUUCAUCCCAAAGCUUGCCUCUGCAUCGACACCCUCCAUCUGGAAGAAGGAGCCCUGUUCAGCUGCGAGUGAGACUACUGACGGAGGUCACUCCAUCACAGAGUGGGAGGGGGUAGGGUGUGGUUUGGAAUUGAGCCUAGGAGUCUCCUGAACACUCAGGUAGUAACCCAGGAAGUGACACAGGAAGUGAUGUAACUCAUGAAAUCAGAAACCCCUCAUGAUAAUUUACAGCAAACGGACAAUAGUGAUGAAACCCCCAAAAUCCUAGUUAACAAACACACGUUUUUGACAUCAAAUCAGGUAAAGACACAUGUUACAGACCAUAAUGCUCCUGUUACCAUGGUAACACAGUCAACACUGAGUUGAUUUUGGAUGAAUACGUGUAGCCGGUCUGAAUGGAGCGGCGGGCUUCCUCCCUGAUACCUGUUUCUCUAUUCAACACAUUAUAUGGUGUUUGACCUUAUACUGGUUUCAUACUGGUUUUAUAAAGUUCCAGUUGAAUCUCUUCUUCUUUUGAAUAAAUAUACAAACUGCAGCUUUCUGGAAAUACUUUAGUUAUAUUUGGAGCUGAAACUGGAAAGUUACUUCAUUGAAUGAAUAAAAGCUAAAACAUA